AUGCCAACUCUUCUCGUCUUAUCUGGCUUUACCAUCGUGGCCAUAUUUGCCUCGCUCGCAUUCAUGGCGUCCAAAUGGCGAAAGGCGGAGACGCCUAGCCCCAACAACACAAAGUUCUUUGGCUCUCAGAUCGGGGAGCAGUCGGUCAUCAACUACAGCUAUACGGAUCGACCGUUGAAGUUGAUGGCCUUUGAUAUUUAUUAUUUCUUCAAGUUCAUCUGGGCUCUUCCCUACGUCCUGAUCCCCUUAUCACCCUCGGAUUCAGGAGACCUGGACGAGCUAUCUAUUACGCGCGGAAACCUGUUCUGUGUUGGUCUUCACGCAAUCCUCGUGGUGUUGCAGCUUGGGUUCAUCGUGACACUUCCAACACUAAUUCUGUUCCCAGUCUGGACUGCUGCCUUGGCAAUCGGACUGUUUAUACUCGUCAAUCAUGGGCUUUGUACUUUUCUGAACGGGAAGGACGUCGAAUACCAUUCCGAUCCAAAGUACGCACCAGCUCUUCCUGAGCAUGCCCAUGAACAAUGGAUCUUCAUCAACGGUGUGGCAGUAGGUGCCGGUAUCCUAUUCGAUGUAAUCGAAUGUCUUGUCCAACGCAACCUCGGCUACGCCACAGCAGACGUGCGUAUCUGCUACCGGAUCAUCAAGGAGAAGCUCUACAACCCACAGUACUCCAAGGUCAUCUUCAUUCUGCAUUCCCAGGGCGCCAUCGAGGGAAGCAUGAUCAUUGACUGGCUUCUUCAAGAGCUCCCACAGAACCUGUUGGCGAAGCUCGAAGUCUAUACGUUCGGAAACGCCGCCAACCACUUCAACAACCCGCAUCGAAACAUUCAGUCCCAACGAAGUGCCAUCAACAACCCUCUGGCGGCAUCCACCGACUCCACCAACACGGCAGCGGGAAGUGGAAACACCGAGCAAGCCCAGGCAACCCUGUCCAACAACCAAUGCCUGACCGAAACAUCCCCACAGCAGAGGGCCACAACCACGGGUACCACUCCCGCAACCGCGGCCGCACCCGACACCGCCAGCACCACCACCACCAAGGGCGAGGAGUCUUGCUCCUCCUCCUCCUCCUGGGUAGCACCCAGUAUCCCCUCCCUCACCUCCGAAACCAGCGCCAUCACCCCCUCAGCCGUCUCCGGCCGCGCCAUCGGCCACAUCGAGCACUACGCGCACACGACCGACUUUGUUGCCCUCUGGGGGAUCCUGCACUUCGCCACCUCCAUACCGGGGCAACACACUAUGCCGCGCUUCAUCGGCCGCGUCUUUGCCCGCACCACCACCCGCGGCGGCCACCAGCUGUGUCAGCAUUACCUGGACGGCAUGUUCCCUCUCGAAAAAGACCCGAAGACGGGCGCCUUUUUGGGAUGCGCGGAAACGGGGAAUGAGUUCAUGGAGAGCGAGAUCACGGUCGGGGAGGCGGGGAGUGAGAUGACGGCUGCCAAGGAGGCGAUGGAGAUUAGUUGGCUUGCUAAUGGGAUUACGAACGGCAUCGUUGGCGGCGGUGGUGAAGGGAAUGGCGAUGAGGCCGUGGGAGGGAUUGCGGUCUACGGCGGUCAUAGUCCGGUGGAACACCGAAGACGGGUGAGGACGAGGCGCGAGAGCAAGCCGGCCAAGGUGAAAGUGAAGGAUCUGAGUAGGUUGUGGCAGUACCGGAACGGGAAGAGCCCGAAUGAUACGCCGCCGAUGAGGACUGCGACGGUUUAG